AUGCAUUUAUUUGUUUUAUAUUUGGUCGUACAUUUUGUCAACGAGGUUGACCUUUGGGAUCCAGCAGAUCAUUGGGUACACGACAGAGCAGCUGAAACAGCUAAAUUGAUUGACAUAGUUCAAAAAACUGAUAAAUUUGAAGUGAAGUACCCUUUGAAGUCCAAUGAUCGUGCCGUGGAAAAAGGCAAAGAUGAUGUAGAUAUUUUUGAAACUAUGAAACUGCUUCAAAAGAACUACGAUGUUAACAGGAAGUUUAACGUGUUACCGAAAGAGGAACGUUUGCAGUAUAUCAGUAAUCCUGAGGUUUUGGAAACUUAUAAAAAUCUUGGUGAUUCUGAGAAACAACAAACUGAAGCAUAUGAUGACCUUGAUAGCCAUGGAAGCACCCUUCGAUCCUAUUUUAAUGAACUCACUGACUUGAGGUAUUUUAGAACAAACAACAAAAAUAGAACAGAAAAAGGAUCAGUAAAGAUUGAUGACAAAGAUACAGCUGACACUAAAGAAGUAAAUAAGCGGAGACAUAUUGGAGAAGAGCAAAAUUCAGAAGACAAAGGGACUGCAUCAGAUUCUUCUCAUUCGCCGGAAAAUUCAGAAGCAGUUAACAAAUAUAACGAGGCGUUUAAUUUAGUUAAACCUAUAGUCGCAGAAAUGUUGUCUAAAUAUGUAAUCAAAAACAGUCAAGAAAAACGUAUGGACGUUGAAAAAUAUGGAGCUCCCAAUAAUCCGGUGAAAAGAAAAUUGCCUGAAAAAGGAUAUCGAGAUACUGAAUCAGACAGUAAAGAUAAAGAUACCCAGACUAAAGCAUCUGAAUUUAAUACAAAGAUCAAGCGUUUUAAAAAGCUGGAACAAGUUGCAAGUCUAACUUCGGGUGAACAGAAAAAAAAGGAAAUUUCUACCGAGACUUUCAAUAUUGACCCAACAAUCACAAUAGAACACAGCGCUUCAGAAGAAAUUAAAAAAUAUCCAGCUAACCAAAAUAGUUACGGUAUGGUGAAAAGCAAGCAAUUUACCAAUAUGGAAACAGAUCACAAUAUUAAUGUAGAAUUAAAACGUAAGAAAACAAAGAUACAGGAAGAAAAUGCAAGAGAUAAAAGUAGUGGUAGAGUUUCAAUGGAAGAACAUAUAAUCAAUUGGUCAGAUUAUGACGAAAACAAAAAUAAAUACAAAGAAGAGUUCAAAAUUGAUGACGAAAAAUCGAGCAAAAAGAAUAAAAAUGUAAUCAAAAGACCUAUUCGAGAAAAGGUGAUCAAGAAUUUUGAAAAGAACAUUGACAGUGAGAAUGAAGAAAGAUUAACUAGCAUUGAGAAUAAAAAAGAGGAUAUUAAACCAAAUUUAGACAAUAAGUAUAAACUAAAAGUAAGUACCCAAAGAAAAGGUGAUUGGGAUGAAAAGGAUGAUAAUUGGGAUCGAAAUUACGACGAUAAAAAAGAUGACAAUAAUUUCCAAAAAAAAGUCAUUGAUUGGGAUAAAAAAGAAGAUGAUUCGCAAAAAUUAAAAGACUGGAAACCGAAAAAUAGUAGGAUUGAAAAGGAUGACUACGAUUCAAAUAAAAAAAAAGUCAAAAAUAAUAAAAAACAAAUUGAUUGGAAUAAAAAAGAUGAUGAUUGGGAUAAAAAAGAUGAUGAUUGGAAUAAAAGCGAUGACAAAUACGAUAAAAAAGAUGACGCUUUUAGUAAAAAGGUUAAUAAAUGGAAUAAAAAAGAUGACGAUUAUUACUCUAAAGAAGAAAAAAAGAAAGUUAAGCAAAGCAAUUGGAAAAAUAACGAUGACGAUGGUAAUUUGAAAAGAGAUGGUGCGUGGGAUAGUGUUGGAACGAAUAAAAAACAAAAUUCAGGAUGGGGUAGUUAUGAUUCAUUCAAAAAUAUACUUGAGGAGAAAAAUAAAAAUGUAAAACACAUAGCGAGACCAGUGGACAUACCGAGACCAAAACUUGAUAUCAAAAUGCCAAAACCCAGUUCAUGGGACAGUUACGACCGAGAUAGUCAUUAUAAUAAACCUAAAAAGCAAGGACGCAUGGGUAUGCAUAGAACACCGAUCCCCAUUGUAGGAAAAAGGCCUCUAUAUGCAGAUUAA